UAUAUAUAUAGAUAGUCAUGCAUUGAAGAAUUGAAGCUCAGAAUUAAUUAAUCGUCCACACUCGUGGAUCGUCUCUUUCAGUUUGCCCAUUUUCUUCCUUACAGAACUUAUAAUUAGAUCGAGAAUGGCUGACAGGCUGUCCCUCGCAAUGGAGAGAACUGGUCAGUGGGUUUUUUCUCAAGAAAUCCCAACUGACGUCAUAGUUGUAGUUGGAGAAGCCAGCUUUUCUCUUCACAAGUUUAUGCUGGUGGGAAAGAGCAAUCUCAUAAGGAAAAUGAUUUUGGAAUCGAACAAAGAAGGCGGCGAGGAGGCAUUAAUUACGAGAAUGGAUUUGUCGGAGAUUCCGGGGGGGCCGGAGAUAUUCGAGAAGGCGGCCAAGUUCUGUUACGGCGUGAAUUUUGAGAUAACGGUGCAUAACGUGGCGGCGCUGAUGUGCGCGGCGGAGUACCUGGAGAUGACGGACAAAAACCUCGCCGUUAGGAGUGAGGAUUUCCUGUCCCAAGUUGCCCUGACGAGCCUCUCCGGCGCUCUGGUGGUCUUAAAAUCCUGCCAGGAUCUCCUCCCCAUCGCCGCCAAUAUCGGGAUUGUCCAGCGAUGUGCAGAAAUCGCCAGCGCUAAGGCUUGUGUGGAGGCCAAUUUUCCAAGCCGAUCGCCGCCGAACUGGUGGACGGAGGAGCUGACGAUCCUCGACAUCGAUUUCUUCGCAAAGAUCAUAACAUCGAUGAAAUCGAGGGGCGCAAAAGGCCUCACUCUAGCGAGCGCGAUCAUAACAUACACUGAGAGGUCGCUUCGCGAUCUCUCGCACGAUCACUAUGCGAGCAACCUUAAACUAGCCGACUCCGACAUCCGAUCACAACAGCGGGAGCUCGUCGAGUCCAUCGUGGCAUUGCUGCCACCGGACAAGACCGUCUUCCCGAUAAACUUCCUAUGUAGCCUCCUAAAGACAUCGAUAUUCCUCAAAACCGACAUCCGGUGCAAGAACGAGUUGGAGAAGAGGGUGUCCGUGAUCUUAGAGCACGUCACCGUCGAUGAUCUUCUUGUCUUGUCGUUCACCCCAGAUGGAUCGAGGCUGUUCGAUCUCGAGAGCGUGAGGAGGAUCAUCUCGGGAUUCGUCGAGAGAGAAAAAAGUGUGGGAGUGUUUAACGCAGGUCAGUUUAGGGAGGCGUGUUCAACAGCCAUGCAAAGAGUCGGGAAGACCGUCGACGCCUACCUUGGCGAGAUCGCCACUUACGGCGAGCUUAGCAUUUCCAAGUUCAACGGGAUCGCUAACUUGGUCCCGAAGGCUGCCCGGAAAGUCGACGACGAUCUUUACCGGGCUAUCGACAUUUACUUGAAGGCGCACCCAAAUCUCGACGAGAUCGAGCGAGAGAAGGUGUGUAGCGCGAUGGAUCCGCUCAAACUAUCGUACGAAGCUCGAUUGCACGCUUCACAAAACAAGCGCCUCCCGGUGCAAAUUGUCCUCCACGCCCUCUACUACGACCAACUCAAAUUAAGAAGCGGCGGGGACGAGCACAAGACUCCCGACGCCGCGAUGACGAGGAACCAACUCCAAGCCGAUGUGUCCCUCGCCAAGGAGAACGAGGAGCUAAGAACCGAGCUUCUGAAAAUGAAAAUGUACAUCGAAGACAUGCACAAAGGCCACGCCGGAGGAGGGGCGUCGUCGACCGCCAAAGGGACCGGCGGCGGCGCCAAAAAGCACAAUACGUUUUUCUCGUCGAUGUCGAAGACACUCGGAAAGCUCAACCCAUUCAAGCACGGCGGAGGCGGCGCCUCCAAGGACACCUCGAAUAUCGAGGACGGUGUGUCGGAGAUCGCCGCCAAGCCGAGGCGGCGGAGGUUCUCCAUUUCUUGAUCGGAAAAGAUCAUUGUUAACUCCUCAAACUAAGCUACAUUGCUAUGGUGUCUAUCUUUUUAUUGUUGUUUUGGUGUGAGUUUAUUGAUGUUUGAUAUGUGUGUGUGUGUUUUUAACGUUUCAAUUGAGUUUGUUUAUUUAGUAUCUAUAGUUUGUAAUAUGUUUAUUAUUGGUUUUGGAAAGUUAUGUAAAGGUUAUUGGGAAUUUUGAUUUU